AUGUUUAAUCCCAUCCGCAAGCUCUUGAGUUUUUGGAGCGCCGCUGACGCGAACGUCACCACAUCGUCCAACGACGCAUCAACCAAGGACGUAGCGACUGAAAGCACAGCGUACCGCGCCGCCUGCAAUCACGCCGCACCUCCUACACGGUACGCGAGCGGCGUGUUCAACAGCACACCGUCUCCGCCGCCCAAUGCUGCACUAUCAGGAUACCUGUUCUCACAAGUGAAGAACACCAACACGUCUACAUCGAGAAUGAGCAACAUCCCGCCACCGCCAUUUCCCAUGUUUAGUGCGCCGACGGGCAACGCGACCGAAGCCGCUUCUACCACGUCGGACGACAUCGAUAUGCCAGAUGCAACGCCCGUGUCACCUCUGAUACCUGCAACUACACCUUCCCGUGAUGGUGAUGAUAUCCGGCCUUCGGUCGAGACACCAGCCGGAGAAGACGGUCAUAGUGCAGCCGCUGAAGACGAUGACACUAGCGAGCCGCGCAAUGACACGACACCACCUAUAUCUCCAGAACGUGACAGCCGUGCUCGUUCCCAGCUCCCGCGCCAACAAGACCGCCAACAGACGACACCCCCAUCAGAGCCCUUGCCAAACUGGUUAGACGAGAUCGUCAUCGAAGAAGACAUCCCCGAGAACGCCCUCCCAGUCGGCUACAUGGGCACCUUCCGCGGUAGCCGGCACUUCAUCCCCGAGUACCCCGGUAUGAAACGCUGCAGCAACCAAAUCCCACACCUCCUCCUCUGCGGCCACUGGAUCUCUAGCACCGAACCCUGCGGCGCCAACUGCAAGAAACAAGACCACACCCACAAGCCGUUCAAAUGCCCUACCUGCAACGGCAUCGUCCGUAACAUCCUCAUGGGAUCUUUCCAGCCCGCGGAUUCGAUGAGACUGAGGGAAUUCAGGAAGCAGAAAGAUGUUAAGUUUCUGGCUUGCUGCGUCGAGGCGGUUGUGCGUGCUGCACCGGAACUCAAGAAUGGGGUUACGGAGGCUGUGGCUGGGUUUCUCUGCACGGAUGGGGGGCGGGAGUGUGAGGGGGCGGAGAAUCCGGAUCCGACGGGUCAUGAUAGUAUUGAGGAGAUUGUAAGGGAUAUGCAGGAGCGAAGUGAGCGGAGGCAGCGCGAGAGGAGGGCGAGAGAGGACGAGGAGUUGAAUACGCAUGGGAAACGGGGUAGGGAUGAGGAUGUCACGGAUGAGUCUGUCGAUGCGGAAACACAGUUGAACGGGGAUGGAGUGGAGGGGCAUAAGCGUGAACGAAACGACGCAUUCGCGGGUGACGAUCAGACGCACGACACCUCACCCCCUACUGCCAACAAGAAGCGCAAGACGUCCCUAGAAACCCACCGCGAACCCAUCACACCAUCUACCCGCGGUCUAAAGCGCCGCUCGCCAUUCUCUCCUCAAGCUUCCCCAUCACCUUCCCCAUCUUCCUCAUCACCAUCCUCCUUCUCCUCCCCCACCGCCUCACCCUUCGCCCACCUCCCCAACUCUAAACCCCCUUCCCCACCAUAUCCAUCACCACCCCCGAAGAAGAGGGUCUUCGAGAAGCCCGAACCCGCAUUUGGCGAAGCGAGCUUUGUUAUUGCGCCGCAUCAUGUUGUGGGGCCGCUUAUGCGGAAGCGGCAUGCUGAUGUUUAUGUUGAGGGGGCUAUUGAGCGGGAGAGUAAGCGGAGGAGAAGUCAGGAGAAUGAGGCAGAGGGUGAGAGGGGAAGGAAGGGGAUUAGGGGAGAUAGGAGUGGGAGGGGGAAGGGGAGUGGGAAGGGGUUUGAGGCUUUUAGGAGGGCAUGGGAUGAUAGAGGGGAAGAAGAAGAGGAGUGCGAGUUGUAG